AACUUAAAGACAACAGUGCCUUCUAGAAUCUGAUGGGCAUUGUAUUCAGCGCAAAACAUUGGCUCUUUUGUAAAUCACCAAACCGGAACACCAAUCAUGCGAAACGGGGGCAGCUUGGGCCAUCCGUAGUUACCUGUAGUAGUACCUGUUGCGUUAGCCGCCGAAGAAGACAAGCAUGUCGUCCGUGGCCGGCACCGAAGCGUCCACCGCAGGGUCGGAUUCUGUGUUCCACAGCAGUCGAGACGAGCUCAGGCGAAUCUUCGCGCAGGCUAGAGGCGUGGAGCCGAAAGAGGGCAUCGAUGGCCCGAUAUUUUGGAUCGAACCUCCCGAGGAGAAGCGACACAACGAAGUCGUCGACGAAGAGCUUCGGAGCUUCACGGCAAGGGGCCCCGAGGACGAUCUGGGCGGCCUCCCGUCCACUGUCCGCUCGUCCACGCCGGUUUCCGAUCCGCCGCCCUACAACGAUUUGGACCUACAGUACACCAUCGAAGACAUCCCGCCAUGGCCGAUGUGUAUUUUGCUCGGAUUCCAGCACUACCUGACGAUGUUUGGUGCUACCGUUGCCCUGCCCCUGAUCCUGUCCGGUCCGCUGUGCGUCGGGGAGAACAACGUUGCGAAGGGACAGCUGAUCAGUACCAUCUUCUUCGUGUCGGGGCUGUCCACACUGAUGCAGACCACCAUUGGAAUCAGGCUGCCCAUUGUUCAGGGCGGCACGUACACCUUCCUGGUGCCGACGUUCGCCAUCCUGAGCCUGGAGAAGUGGUCGUGUCCGGCGGAGGGGGAGGAGGGGUUCGGUGAGGACGAGACAUGGCAGCAGAGGCUGAGGGAGUCUGGAGAAGUGGUCUUGUCCGUAAGGGUUUUGCGAGAACGAGACAUGGCAGCAGAGGCUGAGGGAGGGUUCGGCGAGGAUGAGACAUGGCAGCAGAGGCUCCGGGAGAUCCAGGGUGCCAUCAUGGUGUCGGCGCUGUUCCAAGUCUUCAUCGGUUUCAGUGGGCUGAUCGGCAUCAUGCUGCGUUUCAUCGGGCCCCUCGCCAUCGCGCCGACGAUCGCUCUGGUUGGUCUGUCGCUGUUCGAGCCCGCGGCUAACUUCUGCGGGGUGCAGUGGGGCAUCGCUGUUUUUACCAUAUUCCUAGUGCUGCUGUUCUCCCAGUACCUGAGUAACUACAAGGCCCCGGCUAUCGGCUGGAGGAAGGGGCGGUGUGGAGUCAUCUGGUGGCCAGUCUUCAAGCUCUUCCCAGUUAUUCUUGCCAUAAUCUGUGCCUGGAUUCUGAGUGCCAUCCUAACCGCAGCAGGCGCCUACACCGACGACCCCUCAAACCCACAGUACCUGGCUAGAACUGACGCUCGGACAAGUGUGCUGAACGACUCUCCCUGGUUCUACUUCCCUUACCCAGGACAAUGGGGCAUCCCCACAGUCAGUGCCGCAGGAGUUUUCGGCAUGCUCGCUGGCGUACUUGCUUCCAUGAUCGAAUCCGUCGGCGACUACUACGCUUGCGCUCGCCUGUCCGGUGCACCGCCUCCCCCGAUUCACGCCAUCAACCGCGGUAUCGGGAUGGAAGGGAUCGGGUGUCUGCUCGCCGGAAUCUGGGGCUCCGGGAACGGUACAACGUCAUACAGCGAAAACAUCGGCGCCAUCGGAAUUACCAAGGUCGGCAGCCGACGUGUGAUUCAAGUCGGGGGCAUCAUUAUGAUCGUUCUGGCGGUCUUUGGAAAGUUUGGCGCCCUCUUCACGACCAUCCCGGACCCGAUCAUCGGGGGUCUGUUCUGCUGCACGUUUGGUAUGGUGACGGCUGUCGGGAUCUCCAACCUCCGCCACGUGGACCUCAACUCCUCGCGGAACCUCUUCAUCCUUGGCUUCUCGCUCAUCUUCGGCCUGGUGCUGCCGAGCUGGCUCAAUAAAAAUCCUGGCGCCAUCAACACCGGUGUGCCUGCACUGGACCAGGUGUUGACGGUGAUUCUCAGCACUAACAUGGCUGUGGGGGGUCUGAUCGGGCUGAUUUUGGACAACACCAUCCCCGGCACCCUGGAGCAGAGGGGCAUGCUGGAGUGGAGAGGGAUCGAGGACGACCAUCCUGAGUACGGCCGCUACAUGGACGGCUACAACUUCCCGUUCGGGAUGAACCUUAUCCGGAAGGUCGCGUGUUUCAGCCACAUCCCGUUCUGCCCCACCUUCCACGAGGAUUUCCUCACUUUCAUCACCUGUGGGAUGAAGAAACGCGCCCGGACCAACGCCGACGUUUCAGUUCCGGACGACAAGCCGUACGUGGUUGAUGUGACCGCGGACGAUUCCGGUAUGAAUUCGAUGAUUGGAGACCGUCUGCACAAUCAUCAUCUGUCCAAUGCGGAUUUCGAGAACGAAAUUCCCGGAAGCACUCCUGUGAGGACCAGUGUCUUGUGA